AUGGCAAGUUCAAUCAAGGAAAGACCAGCUUCCAAGGCGCGUCGUACUCCGCGAAGGGAUGUCCUUGCACCAUUAAAGCUGGCACAGAUUGAAUUAGUGAAACCCGUCCUUCCUGCUGAAAUUAUGGCUUCAAUCCUUGACUAUCUCUCUCCCACCGACCUUAUCAGUGUGGCAAAGACAUCGAAACGUAUGCACGAGAUGGUGUAUGAUGACACGAGAUGGGUUAGGCUUCUGAGACAAAUAGGUUGCUGGAAUGAAGCGGAAGCAAGAAGUUCGGCGGAGGGUUCAGAGAAGCACGCAGAUUGCCCUCCCAGCGCAAGGACACACCAUAGGCCUUCGACAGCUGAAGAAAUAAUGAACAAGUCUAAUGGGAAUGUUACAGAUCCCGGCGGAUUUGAUAUCGUGGAAUUUAAUGCGGAGGUGGAAGCUGAAAUUACGGGCCCCCUGGCAGCACUUCGAGAUGCCCGCUCUAUUAGAGGUAGAGCAAGGGAAGAAUAUGGUAAAAUUCACGAGUCACUGAACCCUUUCUACCAGGAUAUUUUUAAAGCCGACAGCCCAACUGAGUCCUUACUUUUUAAAUCCUAUGAUAAACCCGAGCAACAAGCUCUAUUGCUAUCACAGCUACAUCAUUUCUCAAAUGCUGAUAUAGGCCUUGGAUCUAGUGUACGCCGGAAAAAACUUACUGAUGCUAUAUCCGAAUUUGAAAAUGCAGCUUUACGGGAGUUCAAGACUGGGUAUGAAAAUAGAGAUGUUAGUGACUUGAUGCCUCGUUAUGCUCAAGUUUUAACAACCCUCAACGGUGGUGGGGCUGCCGUUGAAUUAUUGAUUCAUCAGAAUCACAUAAUCAAGCAGAAGUCAGAUUUUGGAAGCCCAAUGGAUGGUUUUGAUGCAGAUACAGGCACAGUUUCCCUUGACCACACUCAUGCAUUCUUAACCAGAUUGAGUGUGGCAUUUAAUGAGGAAGCCUCGUGUAUAAAUCGAUGUUUUGCCAAUGGUCCAAACGUAUCAUCCUUAUUUCUGGAAAAGAUAUGUAAAGACGUACUGUCUCCAUAUUUUAUUCCGCUGCUCGACCUUCUUCAAUCCACAAAUAAGGCAGCUUACAUUCAGACACUUCCUGGGACUUUUGCCCAGUCGUUGAACUUUAUUCAUGGGUUGAACCCCGUCCAGGUACCCGGUGAUAAAUUCAAGGAGCUAGCUAGGGAAGCUAUCGAGCGAACCUUCGAACCCCAUGUGGACUUAUACCUUGCAGAGGAAUUGGACCAGUUUCGAUCACAUUCCGAAUUCAUUGUUAAGGAUUGGGAUAGACAACUAUCUGAACAAGCUGCCACUACGGAGUCGUUAUACAUGUCCAACAUACAUAACCGGCAGGCAGACAAACGGGAUUUUCUUAGCUCAUUUACUAAAGUUAUCAUGGCCCCGGUGAAUAUGAUUCCAAGUUUCUAUAAAACCACAGAAACGAAAAAGAAUGGAUUAGGGGAAUUAAAAACUAGGAGCACGCAACUUUCUAAUCGUUCAUCUACUAUACUUGCGCCUCCAAUUCCCACUACACCAGCGGAGCUUCCUACUACAGAAUUUGCAGCUAAGGCAGCGAUUAUGAAUUCUAAAUUAGAAGGCAUUCGUAGCCUAUUCAGCAUUGAGGUCGCACUUAACCUGGUUCAUGCUGCGAAGUCAAGUUUAGAGAGAACUGCACAGUUUGUGGGGCUGAAGGGGGAGCUAGGGAAGGCUGCCCAAGGGCAAUGCGAAGCUAUCUUUGUCUCGUUGUUAGAUAGCCUUGGCCAUCGCCAUAUCAUUGCCGGGUUUGAUCGAGCCGUCAAUCAUCUGUCUGAGUAUCGUCCUCGCCGGCAAGAUGAAACGGAGAAAUCUGGUGUGGAGCCUCUCGUCACUUUCCUCGAGCUAGUCAACGUGGGAGACUUAAUCCUGCAAAUGGUGGAUGUGUUUUAUGAGCAAGAGUUGAUCGCGGCAGGCCUCACCGAUAGGAACGACUUCCUGGACCCUGCGGUUAAGGGGAAAAGAAAAUUCGAGCAGAAGCUUGACGAACGAGUUGCUGCAGGACUUAACAAGGGAAUUGAUGUGCUAGUGGAAGAGGUGGAAUACCUGCUAGCUACCAAACAAUCGGUGGGGGACUUUCAUCCCGAAGCAGUUGAUCCAGCUCGGAGAACGGCCGAUAUUGGCCCAAGUGAUGCAGCCAAAGCUGUUGUUCAGGUCAUUUCCUCCCAUACGAGAAUGCUAGUUGGCGGAACAGACAAAAGCACAUUGGACGUGUUCAAUCAGGAAAUUGGUCUCCGCCUUUUUACUGCGCUUUGUAAACAUAUUAAGCGGCAUAGAAUAAGCAUGGAAGGCGCGAUAAAGCUCAUAAGUGAUAUGAAUCAUUACUUUGGGCUUAUACAGUCCAUGAGAAAUGAGAAACUUCUGUUGUAUUUCAAGGCUCUCAGAGAGCUAUCCCAGGUUUACCUAAUCGACACUUCAGACUCAAAGGAGAUGGCCGCCAUCAUCUCUGAUGCUAGUCGUUUCCAUGGAAUUUUUCGUGCCGAAGAGGCCUACGAAUUUGCAGAACGACGAGCUGAUUGGUAUCAAGUCAAAAAUAGCGUCGAGAAAGCCAUGUAUGGCGUAGGAUGUUCUGUGAUGUAA